AUGCGAGGUCUCAACAAUAUGCGUGAGUACAACAAUCACAUCGACACUUCUUUUAUGAACGCGACAACACGUAUGAGAGGUGGCAAAGGGCAAAUGCCUCAUCCAUCAUCUUCGGAUGUGCCGUUGUUCCAGGCAUCACACGUAUCUCACCAUUCAACAGCUUCGCAUUCGACAUCGUCACAUCAUGGAAUGGACUCAGUAGGCGAGCCAGCAAUAAACGUCUUUGGGAACCCGUGCCAACAAGCCUGGGUACAGAAUCCGCGCUCAAAUUCGAUGCAGACAGGCUUCGUGAAUGUGGAAGGAUAUAACGCGCCAAGUUAUCACAACGUGGCGGCCAAUGGUCAGGUGCCCGGUGGUGUAGUUGUCAAUGGUGACGGUACAGUUUUGAAACAGCCACCAUCGCCUGAGCCAGAUCCAAUCCAAACCGCUCAAAUGGCAGAAAUCAAUGAGUUCUUCGUGACAAACCCAUAUCAGCCUCCAGAGAAUUCGGACAAUCUUCAAACGGCUCAGAUGCAGUCGCCACCAACUUAUCCAGCCGAUCAAGUCUUCAAAACGGAAGAAGUUGAUUUCGGUUUCGACACGGCGUCAAUGUAUGAACCAGUGAUACAGCAGCCGAUGUAUGCUCAGCAACAUGAACAAUCAGCUAUAAUCAGAACAGCAGCCGGUGGCGAAUGCCAGACAGUGAACCAGCCCCAUCAGGGACCGGAGUACCCACUAAGUGGGCCGGAUGAUUUUCAAAACUAUCAGAUAGUGCCGGGAAUGCCAGUGGAGGUAAUGAAGGACAUUUACCUGCCAGAAUCGCCCACCAACUACCCGACCGCGCUCCCCAAUCUUCCAGACAGUGAUCCUGCGCCGCCUCAGAGCGACAACAACGAG